ACCUGAGUUCAGAGGCAGAAAACGAAGCGAAGAGCUGUGGAGCGACGGACUUAACACUGAGAACAUUCGCCUCCUUGACAGUAGACAAUGAAGACGCUGCUGUUGCUGUAUCUGUGUGCGUAUUUCGCCUGGGCUCAAGAUAAUCUGGAAUAUGAUGACUAUGACACAGAUGCUGUGAGUUCACCUGCAAAGAAUGGAACAGUGAGUGUAGACGCUCGUGGUCACCGCCCGGUAACAAGGGGCAGGGAUUCCUACACUCUCAACAGAUAUGCUCCUCCUCCCAUUAGCGGUGGCAGCAGGUAUCGAGGCCGACCAACGGUGGCUCCAGUGGGGGGGCGUCAGGUGGAGGAGAAGGUGGAGCAGCCUGAUGAAGGAGGAUGCACACAUGCUUCAGAUGAACUGGGGGUGUUGUGUCCCACUGGCUGUGAGCUGAAGACCGCACUGCUGAAACAAGAGAGGAGCGUCAAGACGAGUAUCAGGGAACUCAAGCCUCAGGUGGAGGAAUUGUCCCGAUCUUCCAACACCGUCUACAACUACGUCCACGGCAUGUCAAGCUCUCUGAGGGAGAGACAAAGAGUGUUUGACGACAAUAGCAGGGUGGUGAGUCAGUACACUGAUCAAGUGGAGGAGCAACACGCCUACAUCAAGGAGACGGUGGACACGGUUUUCCCUUCCAACAUCCGAGUGCUGCAGGGAGUUCUGGACAAGAUCAGGCAGAAGAUCCAGAAGCUGGAGAAGGCCAUCCAGACCCAGAGGGAAGGCUGCGUUGAGCCGUGCAAGACCAAAUGUCCCAUACCAGUGGUAUCUGGUAAGGAGUGUGAAGACAUCUACCGUCGUGGAGGAAGAGACUCCCAGAUGUAUCUGGUCCAGCCUGAUGCCUUCUACCCUCCGUACAAGGUCUUCUGCGAUCAGACCACUCAGAACGGAGGAUGGCUCCUCAUCCAGAGCAGGUUGGACGGCAGCGUUGACUUCGGCAGACGAUGGGACGACUAUCGCCGCGGAUUCGGUAACAUCGCUUUCGAUGCUGGAAAGGGUCACUGUGAGACUCCUGGUGAGUACUGGCUGGGCAACGACCGCAUCAGUCAGCUGACCAAGAUGGGUCCCACGGAGGUUCUCAUUGAGAUGCAGGACUGGACAGGGGCAAAGGUCCACGCUCAGUACAGCCAGUUCACCAUCCAGUCAGAGGCGUCCAACUAUGUGAUGGCUGUCGACGGUUACUCUGGCAAUGCCGGCAACGGUUUCUUGGAAGGUUCUUUGGAGCUCUUUGGUGAAAACCGCACCAUGACCAUUCACAAUGGCAUGAUGUUCAGCACAUAUGACAGAGACAAUGACAACUGGAGCCCUGGUGAUCCUUCUAAACAAUGCUCGAGGGAGGAUGGAGGCGGUUGGUGGUACAACCGCUGCCACUCAGCCAACCCCAAUGGCCGUUACUAUAUUGGCGGAGCUUACACGCCUCAAAUGGCCAAACACGGAACAGAUGACGGUGUGGUGUGGAUGAACUGGAAGGGGAGCUGGUAUUCACUCAAAGCCAUCAGCAUGAAGAUCAGGCCUUUCUUUGCCUCCAGAUAAUCAUGUCGCCACAUGCGUCGACUCAGAGGAAACUGCCAAAACAAAAGAAACAGCAAAGAGUUCCAAUGUGGACUUUGUUUGGAGGACAUAAGUAUUUAUGAUGCACCAUAGGGAAGUUAUUCUCCUCUCUGGCUGUAACUUGUAUGUUCAUGGACACACCUACACACUCAUCUAACACUGAGCGUGAACACAUGGUGUGAGACCGAAAACAAAUCGAAGAAAGGCAGGAAAAUAUAUAAAAUAAAAUCUGCUUGAUGUUAGAAAAAUACAUAACACUGGUGAGUCGAUACAAACUGUCCUCUGUUACACAAUAAACACACCAUGGAACAAAUCUA